CCAACAUUUUUUGUCAAACAAAAAAAAAGGAAGAGAGUAUAUAUAAAGUGAAGGAAAGUCUCAAAUGGAAUACCAUAUCACGAUAUGGAUGUAACGAUUGAAUAUCUAUACGCAGUGGUUGCCAUAGUUUUGUGCAUAGUACUAAUAUCAUACUCUAAGAGUGAUGCGCGAACACAACCACCUUUAGCUUCUGGUGGAUGGCCUUUCAUAGGUCAUCUUCACCUCUUAGCCAAUUCUAAUGAACCUCCAUACAUAACCUUAGGAAACUUAGCAAACAAAUACGGUCCAAUUUUCAGCCUUCGAAUCGGCGUACACAAAGCCGUCGUCGUGAGCAGUUGGGAAUUAGCAAAAGAACUUUUCACCACCCACGAUCUCAUAAUCUCCUCCCGUCCAAAAUUCACCGCUGCUAAGAUUUUGGGACACGACUAUGCUAACUUCGGAUUCUCUCCUUACGGAGAUUACUGGCAAAAGAUGCGUAAAGUGACCGCAUCGGAGUUGCUAUCCGCUCGGAGAUUUGAGGCGCUUCGAGACGUUAGAGAUUCAGAGGUGAAGAGAUCGUUGAUGGAAGUUUAUAAUAAAGGUGAUUUAAAAGUGGAGAUGAAAAGGUUUUUAGGGGACAUGAAUUUGAACGUGAUUAUGAGGAUGAUUGCUGGGAAGAGAUAUUCGAGUGAAGGUAGUGAUGAGAGAGAGGUGAGAAAGGUGAGGAGGAUUUUUAGAGAGUUUUUUCGUUUGAGUGGUUUGUUUGUGGUUGGUGAUACGAUUCCGUUUAUUGGAUGGGUUGAUUUUGGAGGACAUGUGAAGGAGAUGAAGAAAACUGCUGAAGAAAUGGAUAGUGUUGUUUGUGAAUGGUUGGAGGAACAUCGACGGAGAAAUGAUAGUUUGGAGAGUAAGAUGGAACAGGAUUUCAUUGAUGUGUUGUUGUCUGUUCUUGAUGGUGUUGAUCUUGCUGGUUAUCAUCUUGACACUGUCAUUAAAGCCACUUGCUUGACAUUAAUUGCAGGGGCAACAGACACAACAACAGUAACUAUAACAUGGGCACUCUCAUUAUUACUCAACAAUCGCCACACUUUGAAGAAAGUUCAAGACGAAUUGGACAACCACGUUGGUAAAGAAAGGCUAGUGAAUGAGUCAGACAUAACCAACUUAGUUUACCUUCAAGCCGUUGUAAAAGAGACACUACGAUUAUAUCCCGCAGGACCACUCUCAGGUGCGCGUCAAUUCACUGAAAAUUGUAUCCUAGGUGGUUAUAAUAUCAAUGCAGGUACACGAUUAAUUUUGAACCUUUGGAAGAUGCAUCGAGAUCCACGUGUUUGGUCAGAACCAUUAGAGUUUCGACCAGAAAGAUUCUUAAAUACUCAUAAAGAUGUUGAUGUGAAGGGUCAACAUUUUGAACUUCUUCCAUUUGGAGGUGGAAGAAGGUCUUGUCCUGGCAUAACAUUUGGACUUCAAAUGACACAUUUGGCCUUAGCUGCUUUUUUGCAAGCAUUUGAAGUUACAACUCCAACAAAUGAUGAGGUUGAUAUGAGUGCUACCUUUGGACUCACAAAUAUAAAAACCACACCACUUGAGGUUAUAGCCAAACCUCGUUUACCUCACCACCUUCUCUUUCUCGAUUAACAUUAACAUUUAAUUGGUUUGUAUUUGAGUAUAUGGUGUGAUGUGUUUAACAAUAAUUGGUUUUAUGUUUUUAAAUAGUGUUUUGAUUCUCUACAAUAGUUGCAUUAUGUAGUGGUAACUACAUCACUUUCUUCAAGUCAAAUCUCUUCUUUA